AUGGGGGUUAGCCCAGGAGAGCGCCGAGGGCGGAGAGGGUGGCGGCCGCGGCGGCGGUGGAGAAAAGCCCCGCUCCUCCUCGGUGGACGCGACUUCUCAAGAGUGCGGGGCCGGGGCCAGAGCCGAAAUCCAGCCAGGAAGCCACCCUCGGCCUGCCGCCCGCCGCCCCUCAAACCCGGCGGGGCGGAGUCUCUCGGGAGCUCUCCGGGCGCGCGAAGCAGGAAGUCCCGCCCCCACGCCGACGUCACGGACGCUGGCCGCGGCCGGAGGCGGUUAAGGGGAGGAGGGGAGCGGGCUGAGGCGGGAGCUGCGAGGGCCGCGCGGGAACGCCGCCGCUGGGCGGUACUCCGAGAGGGCUCUGGGGACCCGCAGAGAUGCUCUGAGCUGAAGGAGCUGCACAGCUGGGGGCCGGCACUUGCUCCGGGGAGUCUGCGUGACGCGCGCGGUGGAGCGGGAAGCCGCUCUCCCUCGCCGCCUCCCCACGCCGCGUCUCGAGGGAUUUCCCUCCGUUUCGCGCGUCUUCUUCCCUCUCCCGGCUCUCUCCGUCCUCUUUUCCUCCCUGAGGGCUCCUGCCGCCUCCCCCGCGUGCCUUCGUGCCGACCGUGCAGAGGUCAUGGGUCCCGAGGUCUCCUGCCUGCACGCCGGCCGUGGCGCCUCGGCCCACGCGUGGGGAGCCGGCGCAGCCGGAGAGCAAACGGCCAGGUCAGGACCCGGCCUGGGCGCGAGUGCUUCCCGGCGCCUCCCGAUCCAGACCCCACUCUGGGUUAAAGUUGGGUACAGAAUACGUCUUAGGACACAAGGCUUGAGACUUGAGAUCCAGCAUGGAAAUUAAGGUGAAUUAACUUCUCAGGCUGUAGGAGUAUUUACCUUUCUGAAUGGCAACAUGUUUGUUUCAUCGUUUGACCUCAAAAGCCAUGUGGGAACAUGGGGAAAACUACAUGGCAUCUUUUAAGUUUUGCUUAUUGUCCUUAAGAGGGACAGCAGAAUUUAACAGGGGUGGCACUACCUGGCCUACAGUAUCAAUCAUCUUAUCACAGACCCACCCCUGUGGUCUCCUGUUAGCAUCUUGAAUGAAGGUCCCACAUCAUUGUCAACUUCGUUCAUGUUCACAGUUUUAGCAUCAUAGCCAACCAUUUUUGUUGUUGUUGUUGAUGGUGUGUAACCCUUUGCCUGAGUCAUAGGCAGAGUGCCACAUUUUUUUGUUGGAAAAUCUUUGUAUCACUGUUAAUAAAUGUUUUACUAGUUUAUUUAAUUGGCUAGCACCUGCUUCAGAAGAGGCCAGCUUGGGAGGAAUUUUCUUGACAUUAUUUUUAAUUUGUAUCUUGACUUUUGCAGGUGAACUAAUGUCAUUUUUAAUUGUUGCUGGAGGCGUUUUGUCAAAGGAUUCCUUUUUGGCUUCUUCAUCUUCGUCAUCUGCCUUAUCUUGUUCAUAAGUAUCCCUGAUAUUUCUGUAGCUUUAGAAGCAUUUGCAUCUAUGAUUUCUUAUUCACGUCAUGAUUUCUUCAAUCCUACUUUUCCUUUCUCAUCUUUCCAGCAGGUUCUCUCCUGAAGGAAGUUCUGAGCAUUGCUUUGAGUCACCACCAUUAUCGAAGUUGGGAUCUAGUAAGUAUGUAGCAGUUCAUCAAACUUAUAUGACUCUGAACCCAGUUUGAACAUGUGUAUGGUGGUGGUGGGUGGGUUCCAGCAACUCUCUGGAUACUAGCUGUGUAGCCUAUAAUUCAACUCAAUUCUGACACUUUCUUCCCAGGAACAGCAUUGGAUUCCACAGGUUAAGUGCUCAGUCCCACAACACUGCACAAUCUCCCAUCCUUCAGACACCAACCACAAGCCCAGUUCACCAACCUGUGCUUCUGACUCAUGGGCUAUAGGUUAGAAGUACCCAUGACCCCUGAAGGCUCACAGAACACAAAGAAAUGUAUUACUUACUAGAUCAUUGGUUUAUUAUAAAAGAAGGUAGCUCAAGAACAGCCAAGAUGGAGGAGAUGCAUAAGGUGAGGCAUGAGGUAAGGUCAUGGAGCUUCCAUGCCCUCCCAGAGGGUGCCACUUCUGACCCAAAGCUUGUCUUUGUAGAGGCACUGAUUUGAUCCGUAGCCCAGAAUCUCUUAUGUGUUCACCAACCCAGAAGCUCUCUGAAGCCCCUCCUCUUGGGGUUUUAUGGAGGCUUCGUUACAUAGGCGUGACACACCAUUGGCCAUUGGCAAUUUUUUUUCUUUUUGCAGCAUAUGGAAGUUCCAGGGCCAGGGUUCGAAUCUGAGCUGGAGCUGCAACCUAUGCCACAGCUGCAGCAACAAUGAAUCCUUAACCCAUUGCAUUGGGCUGGGGAUCAAAUCCGUGCCUCCACAAAGACAAGCUUUAACUCACUGCACCAGAGAGGGAGCUCCUGGCCACUGGCAAUUGAUGCAACUUCCAGCCCUUCUGUCCUACCCAGAGGUGGGGGGAGAGAUGGGACUGGAAAUUCCAAGCUUCUACUCACCUGUAGUUCCUCCGGUGACCGCCCCCAUCCUUAGGUGCUUUCCCAAAGUCACCUUACUAACAUAACACAAAACUUUUACCGUUCUCUUGAAUUCCAAGGGUUUUAGGAGCUCCAUGCCAGAAAUGGGAUGAAGACCAAAUAUAUGUUUCUAAUUAUAAAUCACAAUACUAUUCUCUCUACUUUAGCAUAUGUUUGAAAUUUUUCAUUAAAAAAUUUAUAAAAUUCAUAUAUCAACACCUGACACUUCAUUAUACCUACCAAUUUCUCCCCAAGCAUUUACAUACAUAUUUGUAAUAUGUAUUUUUAUUAUAAAUUAACCUCAUCUUAUUUACCCUUCAUACUACGGUUAGGGCAUUAGAUUUUUCUAUUUUUUAGUUAGGGCAUUAUAUUGAUACUUUUAAUGACGCAUGCAGGCAGGUUGCAUUAUAUAUGUAUUUCAUUUGAUGAUAUUUAACAUUAUUAUAAAAUGGGAAUGUGGAGUCCGAUAGGGAGGACAGCUGCUAAUCUAAG